AUGACGCUGAUUGGCACAACAGUCCCGCAACUUCCAGUACUUUCUUCGGCGUUCGUCACAGAUGGCAUCACUACCGCGCUCACCAAGGAGGUAUCUAAUGUCUGCAAGUCUUCCGUAGACGUGAAUAGAGCAAGCUGCACAUGCAGUAGUGGAAACAUCAGAAAGAACAUCAAGAAAGCCAUCUCUUCACGUCGUCAUGAAAAACGUCAUGAUUUACCGAAACGGAAAUCAGUGGAAGCAAAAAUGAACGUAGGAACACAAACUGAAAUUAACCUCUUUAAUGGAAAAUGUACAUGCAUAGCGGUCGUCUCAGACGUCAUCAGAUGUUACCACUGUCUCAAAGGCGGGAAUUUUCCUGCCACUUCAAGCGCUAACGAAAUAACAGCAGAAAUCAGUUGCGGUUCUCAGCAACAAGUGGCCGUAUGUACGAGAACAGGCCAUGUGAACACAAUAACAUUCAACUUCGAAACGCCUACAGUGAAAGAAAACUGCACGUUACGAUGCCCCGGAGGUCUGACGAAUUUCGUCAUCAGUGGAAACUCUCGAAUGCCAAGUCUUCACUUUGAAAACAAACUACUACGAAAGUGA